AACAAGCUUCCACGAGGACGAGCGGCGAUACGUGACGACGCGCGGACGAAGCUAUUGCUUGAACGACGAGCUCCCUCUCGAAUUCCUACCGCACAGCGAUAACGAUGCAUAUACCACCCAGCCACCCGGUCGCUGCAGGCUCAGCGACAGCCGUACAAAGCUUAAUACCCACAACACCCACGCCAUACGCCGCGCUAUCAUGGUUAUCUCAUUCCGCAAACGGGGGCGGAGGAAGCGGCGGCGGCGGCGGAUACACAGAAAACUGGAGCAGUCUAAUCGGCAUCAUCACCGCGAUAAUAGGCAACGUGCUCAUCUCGUUUGCGCUAAACAUGCAGCGAUACGCGCAUAUACGGUUAGACCGCGAAUUCCACGAGAAAGAACGGCAGAGGAAGAGGCGGAAAGCGGGCAUGGACGAUGCGGGGAGACUGGCGGAGGAGGUGCAGAAGAUGGGGUUGAGGCAGAGGGGAGGUGAGGGCAUGGUUGAGCAGAGGAGAAGGAGGAGUAACGGGCAGGAACAAGAUAUUUUCGAGGCAUCCGAGAGCGAUCCGUUAAUACCCCGGGAUGCGAGACCGACGGUGGGAAGAGAAGAUAGCAACGAAUCGGGCAAGCAGGAGGUGUUCAAGCAGACGUCGUAUCUCAAAUCGCCGUAUUGGUGGUUCGGCAUCAUUCUCAUGACAGUCGGCGAGGCGGGGAAUUUCCUCGCGUACGGAUUCGCGCCUGCGUCUAUUGUUUCCCCGCUCGGCGUCGUUGCGCUUAUCUCGAAUUGCAUCAUCGCGCCGUUUAUGCUCAAAGAGCCUUUCCGCAAGAGAGACGCGCUGGGUGUUGUUAUUGCUGUUGGAGGCGCGGUUACCGUUGUCCUUUCGGCUAAUGACAAUAACCCCAAGUUGGGUCCUGGAGAGAUCUGGGAUCUGAUAAGACGGUGGGAGUUUGAGACGUAUUUGGGGAUUACGGUGGGAGUUAUUGCGGUGCUGAUGGUGGCGAGUAAUCGGUAUGGGGAGAAGAACAUUUUGAUUGAUCUGGGACUUGUUGGGUUGUUUGGCGGAUACACAGCGCUGUCUACCAAAGGCGUUGCUUCGCUACUUUCAUACACGCUCUGGCGCGCCAUCACCUUCCCAGUCUUCUACCUACUGGUUGCCAUCCUCGUCGGCACAGCAGUUAUGCAGAUCAAAUACGUCAACCGAGCUCUUCAACGGUUCGACGCUACACAGGUCAUCCCCGUUCAAUUCGUCCUCUUCACUCUUUCCGUCAUCGGCGGCUCAGCAGUCCUCUACCGUGACUUCGAGCGCACCUCAGGAGAAGACGCCGGAAAGUUCGUCGGCGGAUGCGCCUUAACCUUCUUCGGCGUCUGGCUUAUCACCAGCGGCCGCCCAUCAAACCAUGACGACUCAGACUCCGACCACGACCCUGAACCUGAAGACGCCAUCCAUCUCGCCGGCGAAACUUACACAGACGCCAUCAACGAGCCUAGCGAAGAAGGCCCUGGAAGUACGCGCCGCUCCUCAACCACACGAGCACUCUCACCACCUGCAUCUGUUCAACGCCGCUACCAAGAUGAAGACGAAGACACACGUCCCUCAACCCCCAACAUCACUUUCACACCUACUGAUCCCUCCACACCACCAAACCCCACUCGCCCAGCCACAGCCGACAUAAUCUCCUCCCUCGUCGCAAACCCCUGGUCUCAACCCAACGAACCCACCUACCGCACGCCGCCCCUAAACCGGCAUACUUCCACACCCGUCCUGCCCUCUGAAGCCGCACCCGCGCCGUUAGUCUCAGUCUCUGAUACUGAUCUCCCGACGCCUAGCACGCCCACGCGGGGCAAAUCCACGAACGAAGUGCCUACAACACCGGGAUCUGGACUAAGGAGAUUGAGAACGAGUGAUCGGGUUCAAAGUGCAAGGAAUAGUAUCGCUGGUGGUCCUUUGCUAGCAAGUCCACUGAGUACGAGUCUAAGCACUAUGGUUCAAGACUUGAAACGCGGAAAUAGCGUACGGAGGAGAGAAAGCCUCCUUGCUUUAGCUGCGCGCGAUAGAGACACCAGAGAAGGAGAGGAUGAUAUGAUGGGUGCGGGAUUGGUUGUUGGUGAGUCGCUCAGUAGACGGCGGACAAGGGAUAGUGCGAAUGGCGAGGAUGGUGGUAAUGCUGCUGCUGGGCAGAGGACGCCAGGUGGUGGGAGGAGAGUGGGCAGGGGAAGGAGUUCGAGUGCGCUUAGUACGUUGAGUGGGCUUUGGAGGGGGAUUAGGGGUCAGGGGAGUCGCGAGGAGUUGAGGGUUGAGGAGGGGAGGAGGGAUGGUGGUGGUGAGGCUGAGAGGUGAUGAGAUCGGAAGGAUGUGGGAGGGUGUAGAUUUGGUAAUGAUCGACGUUAGUAUAUCCUCAAGGGUACUCCUUUGCCAUGGCAUAUCGCAGACUGGACGUGUGACUUCCGUAGUGGUAGCAGUGAUUUUUCACAGGAGGAUAUCGAAAGGGUAAUCUGUGCA